AUGGCCACUACCAGACUCAACUUCCGCGCCCCUUCGACGUCCACCGCAGCCGUAGCCACGGUCGGCGACAACAACAACAACGACGACGAUCAUGAUACCAGUAGUCCCAAAUUCACUCCUCCGUCCGCCUCAUUCCUCCACGGCAAAUGGUACGUGACGCACUCGACGCUCCCCAUGUGGAAAACCAACCGCAACGUGACCAUCACAUACACGCCUCUCCCGAACGACGCCGCCGUCUUGGACGAUCUGGUCGAGUACCAGCCCAAAAGCUCAGACAGGCGCAAGAAAGUAAAAGGGUACGAUACACCGUCUGGCGACGUGCCGGCGGCCUACGGUUGGCGCGGGAAGGGCUGGCUCAUGAUCGCGUCCAGCAAGUGGCAGGUGAUAGGGUACGGGGACGAAGACGAGGGGUGGUGCGUCACGUACUUUGAGAAGACGCUCUUCACGCCGGCGGGGAUAGAUGUGUACUCGAGACGCAAGACGGGGGCGUCUCCUGAUCUACUCUCGCGGAUCACGGAGGAAAUGAAGAACGUGAGAGACGGCAAUGUGAGGAAACUGGCAGCGGACAUGUUUGCCAUUGACCAUACAGGAUGA